GAUAACACGUUUAGGGGAGUACUGGGCAUGUCAAUCAAAGCUUCCUGCAUCCUAACCACUCCCCCUCUCUUGCUCUCCGUUCUCCUCUUCUUGAAGAUUUGCAGCAUAACAAUAACAAUAAAGUAUACAAAGAGGCAUAUUUAUUUAUGGCUGCUGAGGAUGGUUCCCAGCUGCCGGCGACUAUCGCGGCUAGCCGGAGCGUGGAGAAGGCGCUGGAGGAGGCAGCUUCAAGCGGCGCUCUUAACUUGUCAAACCGUAAACUGAAGGAGUUUCCUCGGACCGCCAGGAACUAUGACCUGUCCGAUAUCACACACGCAGAUCUUCCAGGAGGACAUGAUGCGCUCCCUGCUGCAGAACUCGAUGCAUGUGUUCCGUGCCAUCAGCGGGACCACCCCUGACCUGGACUGAGAUCCCACCAUCAGCGGGGUCAACCCCUGACCUGGACUGAGAUCCCACCAUCAGCGGGUCAACCCCUGACCUGGACUGAGAUCCCACCAUCAGCGGGGUCAACCCCUGACCUGGACUGAGA